AUGUCUUCUAACGGAAAAACUACCACCACCGAUGGCGAUAUCAGCCAGCAAGAUGCCAAGUUCAUCAUGGAAUGUGUCAAGAACCUUGACCAGAACAAACAGGUCGAUCUGGCCAAGGUUGGCGAAGCCCUGGGUUACACCAAUGUAGCGUCCGUGGGAAAUCGCUUCCGUGUUCUGAGAAAAAGAUACGGAUUCGCCAACCUGGACUGCAUCAACACUAGCCCAGCUCCGAAGAUUGGUGUGGCCAAGGGCGAAUCCCCCGCGACACCAACCAAACCGGCGGGCAAGUCCACCCGGAGCAAGAGUGCCAAAGCCAUCAACGCUAUGGCUGACGAGACUGUCACCAUCAAGGCCGAGGAUAAAGGUUCUGACGUCUCGAUGGAUGACGAGCCGGUGUCCCCCGUUAAGGCUAAGACUGUGUCUCCCAGGAAGGCUCCGCGGAAGGGCGCCAAAGUGUCUUCGAAGCCGAUCCCGGCCACUGGACCCGUCACUUCGGACGCUGGCACUUCCAAUACUGGUGCGAAAAUUAAGAAAGAAGACGGAAUUAGCACUGCUCUGUUGGAGGCCGUUGAAGUGGUUGUUAAGAAGGAAGUGGAGACUGUUGAUAGUGUUCCCGAUACUCCCAACCAGGCUUGA